AUGUGGAAUCAAAUUACCAAUGGGACAACGCGUGAAGAUGGUGCUUACUUACUCGAAAAACAUAAACAUAUGACACUUCCAACAAUUUCGAAGAAAUCUCAACAAUUAGAAGAUCAUUCGAUGAAUACAUCUUGUACGCCAGCAAAUCUUCAUAUGAAUCCGUUUCUUUCGACACUGUUCCCCAAUCUUACGUCUCCACAACAACAGCAACAAUUCUUUACACAAUUAUUACUUUCUGGAGCGACUUGCCCUCCGUUAUUAUCAUUUACUAAUAAUCCUCUUACGAAUGCAUUACAAUUACUUCUCAAUAAUAGUGCUCUUCUAUUUCAACAACAAAAUUCUUCACUCGGUGCAAUACCGACACUUGUGGAUAAUAACAAAACACAAAAAUCCUCACACGCAGAAUCGAUUUCCGCAAGAGCAAAUUCCCCUAUUAAUAUGAAAUAUCGAAACGAAUCAAUCGAUUGCAGUUUAUCGGAUACCAACGAAAAAUCCGCUUUUGACGAUGAAGAUAAUUCUCCGACAAUAGCAACGACACUUGCAACACUGCCUUUGAAUAACAACGAAGCAGCGAUAACGUCAACAACGACAGUCGAUGGAAUUAAUCUAGAUGAAAUCAAGAAGUUUGCUAAAGCUUUCAAAUUACGAAGGUUAGCAUUAGGUUUAACCCAGACACAGGUUGGUCAAGCACUGAGUGUUACGCGCGGUCCAGCUUACAGUCAAUCGGCCAUAUGUCGUUUUGAAAAGCUCGAUAUAACACCGAAAAGUGCUUCCAAAAUAAAGCCGGUACUGGAGAAAUGGAUGCACGAAGCUGAAUUGAAAUAUGGUGAUCGUUUAAAAAAUGGUCCGACCAAUUUGCAUGAACUUGUAACAGAUCUCAACACGAAAAAACGUAAACGACGAACAUCAUUCACUCCUCAAGCAUUGGAAAAACUAAACGACGCAUUUGAAUUGAAUACACAUCCAUCUGGCAUUGAUAUGUCAACACUUGCCCAACUGCUAAAUUAUGAUCGAGAAGUCAUCCGUGUUUGGUUUUGUAAUAAACGACAGGCGUUGAAGAAUUCCGCGAAGAAAUUCAAACCCAACCAGAUCACUGACGAUAAUGACUCAACUAACAGUUCAUUGCUGGAUACAAAAUUAAUCGAUACAACGAAUCAUUCGGAUAAUGAAUAG